AUGACAUCAAAUAGGAUAUAUUGUCGUCGUCGUUGUCGUCCUUUUGUAUCGUAUGUGGCUCUAUCGGUUUUCCUGAUGCUAUUGUUGCCAUCAAAUCUGCCGGUACAUGGAGAAUUCUAUUCAUCCAUCGAUAGUUUAAAACGUUUGGAUAGCAUUGAGUCAUCGUUGUUGUUAAGUUUCCGGAAGUACUCAGAAGGACUGGAGGAUUACAUAUCCAUUAUACGAAGAUUUAUGGAACGUAUUAAAUUUCAACAUGAAAAAGCUGAGCAGGAUCUGGAAGAUUAUUUAGGAAAUCCCAUCAAUGCUUUUACAUUAAUUGAACGUGUGGUCAGAGAUUGGAAGGAUGUUGCCGAUUUGUUGAGAUUCAACGAUGUUUCAGAGGAACUAAUGGACUCGUUGACCCAAUUAAGAAAAAAAUCACCAUUGCCGGAUGAAAAUGAACUAAGGGGAGCCAUACUUGGUUUAGCCAGGUUGCAGGAUAUCUAUGAUAUCGAUCCAGAGGAUAUGGCCAAUGGCAAGGGUUACGGUCAACCGCUCAACUGGAGGGAAUGCCUCGAAAUAGCGACAACACUAAUGGAUGAAUUCCGCAUGGAUUUAGCCGUAAAUUGGCUUCAACAAGCCGAUAGAAAAUUACAGAACAGCAAUGAUUCCGCAGAUAUUAAAGAUUACUUUGCGACACAAAUUAAAGAACAUUUGGCCAGAGUACACCAUUCGAUGGGCGACAAAGAAAAAGCUCAACAGCACUUAAAUGCCAUUUCGAAAAAUGCGGACACUAAAUUGACAAUGAAAAUGUUAAACCGAUUAACGUAUGACAAAGAAAAAUACACACCCUUCAAGGAGAGUGAUCGUCAUCAAAAUUAUGCCAGAUUGUGUCAGGGAAAAUCUAAGAAUAUUACAAAACUAAGCUGUUACUUAGAUUCGAAAAUACAUCCAUAUUUUGUUCUUAAUCCAUUACAAGUUGAACCGUUGCUCAUGGAACCGUAUAUACGCCUCUAUCAUAAUCUACUUAAUGAUGAACAAGUUACAAAAUUAUUCGAUCAUGCUAAGCAGCGAUUUUUCCGAUCUGAAGUUAUAAAGGCACCUGGAGAAAAUGAAGUCACCGAAAAACGUGUAAGUCAGCAAACAUGGGUGGCUCCACGAGAAACUCCCAUCUCGGCUUAUAUGUAUCGUUUAGUUGGUCUUAUUACCGGCUUUAAUAUGACCAAUGUGGAACAAAUGCAGGUUGCGAAUUAUGGUAUUGGAGGCCUGUAUGUACCGCAUUAUGAUUACAUGAAUAACACUGAACUUGUUGCUGGCCUUUAUGGCGAUAGAAUUACAACCAGUAUGUUUUAUCUCUCUGAUGUCACCCAAGGUGGUUAUACCAUUUUUCCUGAAUUGGAUGUAUAUUUGAAACCCGUAAAAGGUGCCAUGGUGAUGUGGCCCAAUCUACACAGAUCUGUCGACCCAGAUCCAAGAACAUUACAUGGGGGAUGUCCUGUCCUGAAGGGUACCAAACGAAUUGCUAACAUAUGGUCCCAUUCCGGGUUUCAGGAUAUAGCAAGACCCUGUGGCUUGACAAACGAUGCAAUUUUGUAA